CGUUACUUCACCACCUUCACCACCUUCGUUGAUACCCUACUAAUCCAUUUUAGUCAACGCCAUAUCUGAUCGGGAAUUUAAAAAGUUCGAUCCUUGGGCUUCAAAGGGUCUCAAAGGGUGGCCAGAGGAUAAGAAAGGUAUGGCAUCAUCCGGGGCGUCGAAUACGCCGGUGGAGGAUACCAUCCGGGCCAAGAUCACCGACGCCCUCAAACCUACCAGACUGGAGAUCUUUAACGAUUCCGCCAAACACGCUCACCACAAGGCUAUGGUGGGUAACACCUCCAAGGAGACCCAUUUCAGACUGGUCAUCACCUCGGACGCUUUCAAGUCGAAGAUGCAGCCGGCCCGGCAUCGCAUCGUCUACCAGCUGCUGAACGACGAGAUGGAGCGGGAAGGAGGCAUUCACGCCUUACAACUACGCACCAUGACCCCUGAAGAGGAGCAGAGGUGGCAGGAAAGGCAGCAGCAAAGCACGACUACCUAGUACUACUACUAAGACUAGCUAAAGCUGGAACUGGUGGCGUGGAGAUGGGCGUUUGUGGGCACGAUACUAAUUGUACAUAUACAAGAGGGCUUCCCUAUUUAAUGCAUGGAUCAGAGUACGUGGAGCUUUGCAAAACGUGAUUGUCUAUUAUGAGUCUUUUGUCUAUAAUAGUUAUAUGAUCAUAUCUAAUGAUAGCACUUCAUUGAAACCAGUACUCAUAGCUAAAG